AUGUCGGACCCCAAACGUGCUACUCUUAUAACAGUGGGUGCUCCAAAAAGUGCAAAGAAUAAUGUGACUAAAACAGUGAGAUUAACUAUAAAUUUGGAUGAAAGCAACGAAAGUAAAUAUCCCGAGCUGAAUUACAAGGAACUAGUCAUAACAGAAGAGAAAAAGAAGAGAGUGCAAAAUGGCAAGAACACUGGGCUGGACCCAUUCUCGGACAAUGAUGAUGACGUGGAGAGAGUUGCCAGGAAGUUCGAACAAAAAUAUGGCGGCAAGGACACCUACGGCAGGAGGGGCAGGUCGAAGCGAGACGAUUUCGCGGACAUCGGCGCCGGUUACGACGAGAACGACUCCUUCAUUGACAACACGCACGGCUACGACGAGAUGAUACCGCCCGAGUGCGACACCCUGUACGGCGGUUUCUACAUCAACAGCGGCUCGCUGGAGUUCAAGACGGUGCCCGACGAGCGGCCCGGCUCCAACUCGGACGGCGACCAGCCCGGCAGACGCGACAGGCUCAAGCGGCGGAUAUCGUCUAGCAGCAGCGAAGAGGAGUCAUCUGAAAGCUCCUCAGACUCUGAAAGCCAAGAGGAGAAGGACCCGAAGGCCAUCGCCAAUGGAACAGUCGAUUCGCACAAGACUGAGCACCGGAAAAAGAAGAACAAGAAGAUUGAGAAGAAGAAAGCGAACAAGGUGCGUCGCACCGACUCGUCGGCCGCCACCUCCGGCAAGCAGACCUCUGAUGAUAAUGCCCCGGCUGAUGCGGAGAGUGCAGAUUCCCGAACUUCGCAAUCGGACUCUCUCGCUUCUAAGCCCGCGCCCAGUUCGGAGAACGCUAUCACCUCCGACAGCUCCAGGGACAUAGAAGCAAAGGUGGAGGUGAAACUGCCUCAGCCCGUGUGCCAAGUGCUGGAAGAACUGGAGGCAUUCAGCCGGCAGCUGUUCAGCUCGAACACUCCGGCCGAGGAGGUGGAAACAAAGAGUGACCCUUAUAUACUUAGGGUGGAGCGCGCGCUGGCGCGGUGCGGCGCGUGCGGGCGCGCGCGGCGCGCGGCGUGGGGGCGCGCGGCGCGGGCGCUGCGCCUCUCGCGCCACCGGCUGCUGCAGCGCGCGAGGCCGCGGCCCGCACUGACGCCGACGCCCACCACGUGCAUCGCUCAGCCCACCAGCACCGCCAACGCGGCAACGACGACGGCAACUGCGCCGCAGUCCACAACGACAACAAUAACCAGCACCGCCACAACCACAACAAUGGCCGUAACGACAACAACAACAGUCACAACAACUACUACGCACACAAACAAGCGCAAAUCCGAAGAGGAUGUCGAAGAUUUGGACUUCAGCAGUCUAACGGCCGAGGAGAGGGAAGCGAAGAUUGUGGACGUUUUGCGGCGGUUAAAAGCGCUUAUUGAUGAACGUAAACCCGGAAUGAUGGCGAAUUACAUGGCUGAGUGUGAGAGAGUACAGGAGGAGAGGAGGAAGAUGCAGGCGUCGUCGCGGGCGGAGGGCGCGCCGCCGGCGGCGGCCGAGAAGCGGCUGCCGAAGCGGCGCUUCCCGUGGUGCGCGCGCAGCCGGGCGCUGCUGGUGCGGCUGGCGCGGCUCGGCGGCGGCGGCGCGCCCGCGCUGCUCGCCGCGCGCGCGCUGCCGCUCUUCCCCAAGGGCUUCGUGCGCAUGCCCACGCUGCUGCGCCAGGCCGACGUCGGCAAAGAGAUGAAGGCGGCGGAGGCGAAACGGCAAAGGGUCAACCCGGCGCCUCAAACGCAGCAGUACACCGACCAGAUCCAGUUCCCGAGCUCGCUCACCGUCACCACCAGCGUUAAGGCCGCCGAGAAACACGAAUCUGAGGAAAAGGACUCCAAAUACAAGAUCAACCCGGCAGUUUUCGGCGGCAUCAUAAACAGCUUCGCCCUCAGCGACGACCUGGUGGUUGAGAAGGCGGUCGAGAAGAGAGAGAGUGCGGACAAGAGCAAAGAGGAGCUCUACGUCCCGCCGAACAACAUUGGCAGUAUAACGAUAACGCCAGUGCCCCACCAGCCGAAGGCCGAUAAGAGAGCGACAGAGAAGCAGAAGGAGCCGCUGCUCAGGGUGAAAUCGCCAGCGGCCCUGAACGAGAUGGUCAACAAGAAGGAGAAGGAGAAACACAAGAAGCCGGAGAAGCAGAAAGAGCAGAAGGAGAGGCGGGUAGCGUCCCCCCUGCAGAUCGACACCGGUCACCAGCCGGGCAAGAAGGAGCCCGCUCCCAGUCCAAAGUCGAAGGCCGAGGAGGUCACCCAGAGACAGAUCGAGACCAUGCGGACGGCGGAGAACAACCUCCCCCGUCCCACGUUAGUGCCGGUCCACCACUCGCCGACCUUCGCGAAACCCGACAAGAGACCGCCGGAGGUGAAGAAGAAGAAGGACGUGGUGAUAGUCUCCGAUCUGGACCCCCUGGGCGACAUCCAGCCCGAGGAGCCGCUCGCGGUGGACGACAGCAGCAGCGACGUGGAGCUGGUGGAGGAGAGGAACGGCGUCCCUCCCCCAGCCAAGGAGAGAGUGGGUGCGAGGGAGUCGCAGAAGAAGGGGAGCGGCGUGAGGCUAAAAGACUCUGGCGUUAAAGAGGGUAGGGAUACUGCGAAGAGGAACGACCCCCUCGACGAGACGACUAAGGAGGACAUCGAUACCCUGAUGAGGAACAUCAUGGCGAUGGAGCAUUCUCAAGAGCCUCCGAAGCUUAACUGCAAUUCCUAUGGAGGCGUUAUCACCAGUGCGAAACACCAGCGCCCCGCAGACCACAGCUACGGCCCGAGGGGCGCUUUAUUCGCGGAGCCGCGUAGCGAUAAGGACAAAUUG